CUUUUCAACGUUCCAUUUCCCUUUUCUUAUUUCUCCGAUUUGCAUUAACUAAACUUUUUCACAAACUCCCAAGUUGUAAGACCUCACUGUGUGAGAAAACAAACAAAUCCAAACAGACAAAGGACACUUUUUUUUUUUGUUUCCAGAUCACAAACUAAAAUUCCAAAACCCAGAGAGAUAAAGAACAAGGGUAAGCAUAAACACACCUUAUCAUGGUAGCUGGUAAGGUAAGGUUAGCAAUGGGUUUGCAGAAAUCACCAGCAAACCCAAAGAACGAAACUCCCUCUAAGCAUCCAUUAUCGUCAUCAACGAGCUCGGGUAACAAAUCCAGUUCUUCCCAAAAAACAGUUUUUUCACGUUCUUUUGGCGUUUACUUCCCUCGAUCUUCGGCUCAAGUUCAGCCCCGUCCAUCUGAUGUCGCCGAGCUCCUUCGGGUAGUCGAAGAGCUAAGAGACCGAGAGUCCAGGCUCAAGACUGAGCUUUUGGAGUGCAAGCUUUUGAAAGAAUCGGUUUCCAUUGUUCCUGUUUUGGAGAACGAAAUUGCGGUUAAGAAUGCAGAGCUGGAUCGAGCUUUGAAGGAGAUGGAAAGUUUGAGGGAUGCAAAUGAGGCGUUGAAAAUGGAGGUGGAGGAAAUGAAGGGGAAGGUUGAAGAAGAGAGGAAAGUGAGGGAAACAGAGGAAGAGAUAAUGGAGUUGAAGAAAACGGUGCCGUUUCUGCGUUCUGAUUGUAACGGUAAAGGUGAGAGUUUGAGGAAUUUGAAGAGAAGUAAUAGUAAAUGCUGGGACACAGUCGUUGUUUUCAGUGCUUCGAGUAAUGAAAAAAGGGAGGAGCUUGAAACUGAGAGACAGAGUAACUCAGAUGAACUCGUUGAGUCGAGUCUUGUUAAUAUCAGAUCUCGUGUUCCUAGGAUCCCAAAACCACCUCCGAGACCUUCAUCAUCGUCAUCAAUUUCAUCUAACAGCUCCCUUGAUUUAAAAGGGAAGCAAAUUACUCCACCACCACCGCCCCCACCUCCUGCACCAGUGGCAACAGUCAAACAACUUGCACCUGCUGCAGCUGUACCUCCUCCUCCUGCACCAGUGGCAACAGUCAAACAACUUGCACCUGUUGCAGCUGUACCUCCUCCUCCUGCACCAGUGGCAACAGUCAAACAACUUGCACCUGCAACUGUACCUCCUCCUCCACCGCCGCCUCCGAAAGGUAAGAAUGCUAUCGCGGCGAAAGUGAGGAGAAUUCCGGAGGUUGUGGAGUUCUAUCACUCACUUAUGCGGAGAGACUCGAAGAAAGAAGCAGGUGGCUGUAGCGCGCCGGAGCUUUUGCCAGCCACAGCCAAUGCCCGGGAUAUGAUUGGAGAGAUCGAGAACCGGUCGUCUCAUUUGCUCGCGAUAAAGACAGAUGUGGAAACACAAGGGGACUUCAUAAGGUUUUUGAUUAAGGAAGUUGAGGACGCUGCAUUUACAGAUAUUGAGGAUGUUGUGCCUUUUGUUAAAUGGCUAGACGAUGAACUCUCCUACUUGGUGGAUGAAAGAGCUGUGCUGAAACAUUUCGAUUGGCCGGAGCAGAAGGCUGAUGCAUUGCGUGAGGCUGCGUUUGGGUAUUGUGAUCUCAAGAAACUAGAAUCCGAGGCUGCAUCGUUUCGUGAUGGUGCCCGGCAACCUUGCGGUCUGGCCCUCAAGAAGAUGCAGGCUCUGCUUGAAAAGCUGGAGCAUGGUGUUUACAAUCUCUCCCGAAUGAGAGAAUCUGCUGCAAAUAGAUACAAAGGAUUUCACAUCCCUAUGGAUUGGAUGCUCGAAACCGGAAUCGUAAGCCAGAUCAAGUUGGCAUCAGUAAAACUAGCGAUGAAGUACAUGAAACGGGUAUCUUCCGAGCUGGAAGCAGUAGGGGGUGGGCCUGAAGAAGAGGAGCUGAUUGUUCAAGGCGUUAGAUUUGCAUUCCGUGUACAUCAGUUUGCUGGCGGAUUCAAUGUCGAAACGAUGAGGGCAUUCCAGGAACUUCGAGACAAGGCCAGAUCAUGGAACGUACAAUGCCAAAACCAACCAAAAUCUCUGUAAACAAACUCUGCUUCAGAGUUCAGAAAGUAUGUAUCAUUUUGUGUUGUAAAGAUCGAAACAUCAAAUGUUUGUGAAUACAACACCAGCUGCUAUUGUUAUCCACCCA